AUGGCGAUGGGUAUACCUAAAUCCGGCUACUCCCGUUUUAUGAAGGAGGGAGCUAUGCACUUCAAGGGAUUGGACGAAGCUGUUCAGCGAAACAUUGAAGCUUGUGUGGAGUUGGCUAGUCAAAUCAAGACUGCGUAUGGACCAAAUGGCAUGAACAAGAUGGUAAUCAACCAUUUGGAACGUGUUUUCGUUACGAAUGAUGCUGCCACGAUCUUGAAGGAGCUCGAGGUUCAGCACCCAGCUGCCAGGAUGUUGGUUAUGGCUACUGAAAUGCAAGAAAAGCAGAUUGGCGACAACACCAACACUGUUUUGAUCUUUGCCGCUGCUUUGUUGGAAAGUGCUAAUGAACUCAUCAACAUGGUAAUUAUAAGUUUUAUUUGUUUUUUGUAAAUUUAGGAUUAAAUUUUUAAUUUAUUGGCAAAUGGUGAAUAUCAACUGUAUUAAAUAUUUAUAAUUGUUGCUUACAAACCAAGUGUAAUGUCUAUAUUUUAGGGUUUGAAACCAGUGGAAAUUGCUAACGGAUAUGAAUUGGCAUUUGAGAAAGUUGCUGAGAUUCUGCCUGAACUUGUUGUUGACAAAGAGUUUGAUUUGUACGACAUUGAGAAGGUGAGAAAGGUUCUGAAGGCUUCAAUCAUGUCAAAACAGUACGAUCACUACGAACUCAUCGCUGAUUUGGUGUCUGCUGCUUGUGGUAAGUUGUUACUUAAUUUUUAUGGGAAAGUCGUAUUGUGUUUAUGGCUUAUGAAAAUAUUUUUAGUGAAAACCGUGCCAAAGAAGUCUGGCAACUUCAACGUAGACAACAUUCGUGUUGUUAAGAUUUUGGGAGCUGGUGUUGGAGCUUCUCAUGUUAUGAAUGGCAUGGUGUUCAGAAGAGGAGCUGAAGGUGAUAUUAAGAAAGUAUCUAACGCUAGAGUUGCUGUCUUUGCUUGUCCAUUCGAUCUGACUCAAACUGAGACUAAGGUAAGAAUUGUUUUCAAGUUUAUGUUAUUUAUAGUCUCCUCAAUGAUAGGAGUGUUUUAUAUAUUUCUGUUUUAGAAUCAAAAGCUUUUCAAAGUUUUUAAGAAUCUCUUUUUAAAAAUUUAGCAAUAGUGAUUUUUAGGGCACAGUUUUGAUGGAAAACGCUGAAGACCUUUUGUCUUUCUCGAAAACUGAAGAAUCUGAAGUUGAAAAGCAGGUCAAGGAGUUGGCUGAUCGAGGUGUUAAUGUUGUUGUAGCUGCUGGUAAAUUUGGAGACAUUUACUUGCACUAUUUGAACCAAUACAAGAUUAUGGGAGUUAGGUUAACAUCCAAGUUCGACAUGAGAAGGUUGUGCAGAACCAUUGGGGCUCAAGCUCAGGCUAGAAUUGUAAGUUUUUUGAUUUUUAGGUAACAUUCUUUCGGUGUUUGGUAUAUCUUAUGUUCUGUUGAAAAAUAUGUUCACAAAUAAAUUUCUGGUAUUUUUUUGUAAUUAUACUGUUUUAGAACGCUCCAACUGUUGACUUGUUGGGAGACUGCACUGAAGUGUACAUCCAAGAGAUCGGAGGUGACAAUGUUGUUGUAUUUGACAGAAAGGACGAUCUUAGCAAGGUCGCUACUGUUGUUAUCAGGGGAUCGUCACAAUCUUUAAUGGAUGAUGUCGAGAGAGCUGUAGAUGAUGCUGUUAACACAUACAAAGCACUCACCAGGGAUACUAGAGUAAGUAUCUUAUAAAUAUUUAAACUUUAUCUUUUGUUUUAUGGGUAUAACUAAAUACUUAUUUUUUACAUAUUUUUUAGCUAGAAUGGUUUUUUAAUUAUUGUUUUAGUUGUUGGCUGGUGGAGGAGCUAUUGAAAUCGAAUUGGCGAGAAGAAUUGAGCUGAUCGGCGAGAAAUAUGAAGGCCUUGAACAAUAUUCUAUUCAGAAGUUUGCUCAUGCUUUGGAAACCUUGCCUAAACUGUUGGCUGACAAUGCCGGUCUCAAGGUAAGACUUACAUUUAGGUUAUAAGUCGUAUUCUUUUUUGUUUUUAAGACAUCUUUAACUCAAUAUUUUAGCCAACCGAAGUCCUGUCAAACCUUUACGCUGCCCACCAGAACGGUAAUAUUACUCACGGUAUUGAUGUAGCCACUGGAGCUUUGGUCGAUUCCGUAGAGAACAAUGUCUUUGACCUGUUCAACUCGAAACUAUUGGCCUUCAAGCUGGCCACAAAUGCUGCUGCCACAGUCUUGAAGGUAGACCAAAUUAUUAUGUCGAAACCGGCGGGCGGACCACCAGUGAGAGGACCCAAACCUCAGGAUGAAGAUGAUGGAAUGGCCUAA